CCCCUUUCCACAGCCCCCAGAUCCAUACUCUUCUCUAGCAGGCCAGCCACCUCCAUAGCCGCCCAUCACAUACUCGCCCAGAUCUGAAACCAGGCUACAGCCAAGCAACGGAGAAAGAGGAGGUCCGUUGGUUCAGGCCUCUCUCCGACUUCGAGGACGGUGGAUCCGGAAGAUCCGAACCGUCGCCCACCGACGAUCGCAGAUCCAGAACCGGCUGGCUGCAAUAGAAGAGAUGAAGAAAGGAAGAACUGAAACUCAAAUGCAGAGGAAGAAGGAUGAUGUUUCAUAGGCGAGGUAGAGGUCAACCGCCAUGGUUUCGUUGUCACCGUGGUUUCGCUGCCGCGAUCGUUGGUGAUGGCGGUGACUGGUGCGAGAAGGUAAGCAAGCCAGAGUUAAGAUGGAGAAAUGUCUGAUGCGAAUUAAACAAGCGUUUUUGGGUUAGGUCAGUUUUUUGUGAAAUUUUAAAAUAGUCAUAUUUUUUUCUAUUGAAACCAUGUAGGUCAUAUUUGUGCCAUUGUUUCAUGAAAAUACACAACUUAAGAAAUGUGCAUUGAUUAGAUAUUUUAAAAUGAGCAUAAUACAAGUAUCAAAUAAGCAUACAAUACAUACCCCGGUAUGAAAUAAGCAUAUAAAAAAUGAGGAGGGACAAUUAGAUCUGACGUCUCUGCCUUCUUUAGCAGCAAUGCAGGGAGCCCGACCUUUUGGAAUCGUUCGGUAAAACAUAAACAAUCAGAGAUUUCAAGUCCACUUUUUUCUCUUAUAUCAACACAUCUUCUUUACCAUCUAAUUGUCGAUUGUAGUAAGAUACUCCGUCAUACGAUACGAUAGAGAAUCUGAAUCUAAAAUUUAAGGGACUAAUGCGGAAAAAUCUAAAAUCAAGAACUAAAAUAUAUAUCACUCACAAAAAUGGACCAAUUUGUGAUUGAAGUUGUUUUUUUACCAAUAUAUCAUGGAAGCCUCUUUUUUAUUAAUAUAUGUCACUCAUUGGUAAUUUUAUUUACCAAUUUUGUAAUUUGGCCCAACUAUUUACAUUGAUCUCCUGAAAUAUUUACAGGUGUCAAUUACUCUACAAGCCAUGCAGUAAUUAUUUUUAUUGAAGUGCCCUUGCAAAAUUAAACUGAUUCAUAAAUAGGGGGUAAUAAAGUCAUUUCAACAUGCGGGAGUACCGAAAGCAAUACCGUCGGCGUCCAUGUCAAUAUCCUGAACCUGACCCACUUCACAAGCACACUCUAUUAAUCUUCUCAUCACUAAAAUAAUUUCUUCCUCCCCUCUCUUUCGCCGGUGUUUUCCUGCUCCAUUCUCCGAACCUUCUCUCCGGCGACUCUUUUUGACUUAUUCCGCCAUGUACUGUUCUUCCCAUUUCUCGUUUCUCCCGAAUAAGAACUUUCCGAAUUGCUGUUUUCAGUAGAGGAUUUCAAUUCCAAAGUAGACUCUCUGUAUUCCGCCAAUUUCAAUGAACCCGAAUCUGCCACAAGCGCCGGCGGCGGACCGCAACCGCCAGCGGCGGAAACCGGACCUGACCCUCCCUCUGCCGCCGCAGCGUGACCCGAGAUUAGCCGUCCCUCUUCCACUACCGCCCACUUCCGCCCCUUCUUCAACCCAAUCCCGCUCUUCUCUCCCGACCACGCCGCUCAAAUUCUCCGAGCUGGAGCGCAUAACCCGCGUCGGGAGUGGGAUCGGCGGUACGGUCUAUAAGGUGCUCCACCGGCCGAGCGGCCGGCUGUACGCGCUGAAGGUCAUCCACGGCCACCACGAGGACGGCGUCCGCCUCCAGAUGUGCCGGGAGAUUGAGAUCCUCCGGGACGUCAACGACCCCAACAUCGUUAAAUGUCACGAUAUGUCCGAUCACAACGGCGAAAUCCAAGUCCUCCUCGAGUUCAUGGACAAGGGAUCUCUGGAAGGGACCCACAUCCCCAGCGAGCCCUUGCUCGCCCACCUCACCCGUCAGAUUCUCUCCGGCCUCGAGUACCUCCACCGCCGGAAAAUCGUUCACCGGGACAUUAAGCCCUCAAAUCUGCUCACCAAUUCCCAGAGCGUCGUGAAGAUUGCCGACUUCGGGGUCUCGAGAAUCCUAGCGGCGACCAUGGAUUGCAACUCCUCCGUCGGCACCAUUGCCUACAUGAGCCCGGAGAGGAUCAACUCCGAUCUGAAUCACGGCCAGUACAAUGGGUUCGCCGGAGAUAUAUGGAGCUUGGGCGUGAGCAUCCUGGAAUUUUACCUGGGCAGGUUUCCGUUCAACGGCGGGAGGCAGGGGGACUGGGCAACCCUCAUGUGCGCCAUUUGUAUGUCUGACCCGCCGGAGGCGCCGCCCACGGCGUCUACUGAGUUCAGAAACUUCAUCGCUUGUUGUUUGCAGAGGGACCCUUCACGACGGUGGACGGCGGCGAAUCUGUUACGCCACCCUUUCAUUUCGCAGCACUGCUCCCGGACGGCGAGCAACAAUCUUGGCAUUCCCAGCCAGGUUCAUCAGACACACCAAUUGCUACCUCCCCGUCCGCAUUUCUCUUCCUGAUUUCCAAAUUUUCCACUUUUGGCUUUUCAAUCUUUCUUGGUCUAUUUCUGUACUAUAUUUUUUUAAAAUGGAAAUUUGUGAUCAUUUCCAUGUAACGUAUUGCAAUGGUUAGAUGAUCGGUUGUAUGGAAACAAAAAGAUGAAGAAUUGGGUAUUCACAGGAUUAUGUUUAGAUUGAAAUUCCAUACUUCCCUAAUCCAUAUUCCCAAUAAAUCAAUAACUCCCCAUUUUACUUUGUUGUCAAGAAUCACAAGAAAGAAAUGAAAAUGGGAAAUCUCUGUUUUAAG